AGGUGUGCCAAGGCGCUGUGCAAACAAUGUGCCUUUUAUUGGGCACUGGCUCUCUAUGAGCCGGGAGUCCCGCCCCCGACCUCUCUCGAAGAACUGGCCAGACUUUUUGCAAACGCCUUGAAGGGUAGAAUUAGCAGCGAGCUCUUGAAACUGCCUCUGGAAAUGGAACCCAGCAGAAUUCUCGAAAAGAAGAGGACAUUAAAAAGAGGGGUGCAUGCACUUAUUUCCAAGCGCAGUUUGUCCAUGUUAGUCUUGCACGUGCUUGACUCCAGUCAGCCACCGUAGGCCCCGCCACCGGCUGUGCACUUUCUGUCGAUACGGUAGCUUCGCGCUUGCUCACGAACUUGCCUGCCUGGCUGGCGCACCCAGUUCCUCCUUCCAUUCCUCCUUCCCGCUCCGCAGCCUCUGCCAGCCGGCACUGCGCAUGCUUUCUGACGCCCCCUUUGGUCCAGCGUGGGAGGAGGGGAUGGAAAUAAGGUUGGGCCGAGCAGCUCGCGCGCCCUCCCUUCCCUGCCCUCCCCCGACGCCGGACGCGCGCCGGGCGGUGCAGCUCCGUUGGUCCGAGGGCAGUGCAGCAGCAGCGGCAGCGGCUGCGGCCGUGGCCGCGGCGGGAGGAGCCCGAAGCCCCGCCCCCGGGGAGGGGCCGUCCUGCAGGUCCCCCCUCUAUCCUCCACGGCCCCAUCCAAGCCAGGGAUGAAAUUUAACGGCAAGAAGGACGCAGUUGACGCGGCGUCAAUGAACUGAGACUAAGUCAAAAGCCGGGCCCUGCAACCCUAUCCCCAUCAGCCUGGUAAUCACCGGCGUCACCCCCGCCCCGCGCCCUGCCCCUAGGUUCCUGUGCCAGCAAGAUGCUGGAGCGAGGCGCGGAGUCCGCCACCGGGGCCACCGAUCCUAGUCCCACUGGCAAGGAACCGGUGACCAAAGAAGCUCCCCACCAGGGCCCACCGCAGAAGCCCAGCCAGUCAGCUCCAGGGCCCACCGCGUCCGCGGGCUCGCCUCCCCGGCCUCGCCGGCGGCCCCCGCCCCAGCGCCCGCACCGCUGCCCCGACUGUGACAAGGCCUUCUCGUACCCGUCCAAGCUGGCCACGCACCGCUUAGCACACGGAGGCGCCCGACCCCACCCAUGCCCAGACUGCCCCAAGGCCUUCUCCUACCCCUCCAAGCUGGCAGCCCACCGCCUCACGCACAGCGGCGCCCGCCCGCACCCGUGCCCACACUGCCCAAAGGCCUUUGGCCACCGAUCCAAGCUGGCGGCUCACCUCUGGACCCACGCACCCACCCGCCCCUACCCGUGCCCCGACUGCUCCAAGUCCUUCUGCUACCCUUCCAAGCUGGCGGCCCACCGCCACACGCACCACGCCACCGACGCCCGCCCCUAUCCUUGCCCGCAUUGCCCCAAGGCUUUCUCAUUUCCCUCCAAGCUGGCCGCCCAUCGCCUAUGUCACGACCCCCCAACUGCGCCAGGCAGCCAGGCGACUGCCCGGCACCGAUGCUCCAGCUGCAGCCAGGCCUUUGGCCAGAGACACUUACUGCUCCUUCAUCAACGCAGCCACCACCAGGUGGAGCACAAGGGGGAGAGAGACUGAGCCCUCUCUUGGUUCACUGUCCCCCUCUGCCGCCAGCCCUCGCCAGUAAGAGGUGGGAUUUCUAAGACCGACUGUAUGAGCAGAUAGCUGGCAGAGGGCAGGGCAAGGGAUUGGCCAUUUAUACUGGGCUCGAGCUCAGAAGCCCGAGGAACUCUUUGCUCCCCUGCUUUGGGGAGAUCUCAAACCAUGGACGUGGAGCUGUGGUUUGACAGCGCUGCCUCUGCUUCUCCCCACACACUUACAUGGCAAAGGUAAAAAGUCUGCUACUAUCGUGGAUUGAUGAGGAUUGGGGGCAAACAGGCUCUCUUGUUGUUAAAAGUUUAAAUUGGUGUCUCUACUUUGGCCAUAUGACGGUAUCUAAGAAAUUGAAAAUACAUACAUGCUUGUCUCAACU